AUGAGCUUCUACGUCCCAACGCUCCGCACAUCCACGGGCAGCACCUGGUCCAGGACACCUCUGAGCUCGAAGGGGGUGGUCCUCGACGGCCUGCGCCGCCUGGCCGCUCCCUUAGCCCUCCCAGCUGGCGCCCACACGGCCUCCAGGAGGUCGCCCUCUGCGCCCACGUACUUCGCCACCUCCUGCGCGGUCUCGUGCGGGACGCACCUCACGACGCCAACACUCGCGGCCAGAGGAUGUGGGGGAUGGCCAUGCUCGCCGCGCCGGGCCCCCAACGGCGCCGCCGGCGCCCGCGGCGCCCGAACUGCCUGA